CUGACUUUCUUUUCCUUCAUUAGAGGGUAUUAUCCAAAGGGUGGAGGAGAGAUUCAAGUGGAUGUGAAGCCUUCCAAAGGAUUCCAAGGAGUGGAUCUCACAGAACCGGGCAGUGUUUCUUCUAUCAGGGGUCGAGCAUUUGUGGCAGGAGUGCUUCCCAUUAAGAUGGCUCAUCAGAUGGCAGAUGCAGCUGAGCUUGAGUUGAAAAACUCUUUGGCACUCUCUUCUACCAGUAUUGAAAUCAAGAGAUACAAGGAGAAGCCCUCUGAUGCAUUUGGGAAUGGAUCUGGCAUAAACAUCUGGGCUGAGACAACAACGGGAUGCAUUCUUGGGAGUUCAGGGCUUGGGAAGCGUCAGAUCCAGCCAGCAGAUGUUGGGAGGAAAGCUGCUCAAGACCUUGUUGCAGCUAUUCAAGGGCCAUCUUGUGUUGACUCCUAUGCACAGGAUCAGGCAAGUUGUAGGGAUUAUAUUGAAAUU